GGCCAUCGCCGUGCUGAAACACCUCCUCGCCGGCAUGGACAGGCAGAGCGCCAGCCGCGUGGCUGUGCAAGUGGCUGCGCAACUCCUGCCGUUGUUUCAUGAUGUAAGGCCUGGCAGCUCACAGGAGAUCCCAUCAAACUGCGGACAUGUGACCAGCAAGCUCCAGGUGCUCUCCAUCACCCUUUUUAAAGACCUGCUGGAGCUUGUAAGGGGGCCCAACCGGAGGCAGAUGAAGGAGCAUGUGCUCCAGAGCCUGGUCCCACUGCUCCUCCUUGUGCAUGAUGAGCGUCCCAACGUGUCCCAGGUGUGUUGGGACACCCUCAGCAGUGCCGCCCAAUUCCUGAAGUGGCACCAGCUCAGUGGCCUCAUCCAGCACAAGGAAACCUGGCGAAGCUGUGACUGCCUGGUGAUCCACUACAAGGAGAGAGCUGAUGACUUCCUGGGCCAGACCAUGGCCUUCCUGCAGAACCCACAGACUCCAGUUAGGGAAGCAGCCAUCAGGUUCCUAGGGCUCACUGCCCGGCAGCUGGACCAGGGGAGCCAGGACAAGCUGGACGCCAUCUGCGACAACCUCAAAGGCUUGCAGCAGGACAGCAAGUCCUCAGUCCGAUGCCUGGCUUCUCAGACCAUCUUCAUCCUGGAGGCCUUCAAGAACCAGCCUCCAGCCUGCUGCAGCCUAUGGACAUUGGUCCAUAGGAUAAGAACAAUGUGCACUGCGGAGAGCCAGCUCAUUGAAGCUGCCCAGCUGCCCUAGCUCUGGGAAAAGCCAGCCUCCCUUCUCUGGGGGCUUGGUGCAUCAGAGCCCACCUGGAGCAAGGUGGAACACAUGGCUUCUUCCCAACUGGCCGCCUGCCCUGCCCAGCCAUGUGAGUAGUUAACUGCUCGAUAGCUUUCAUCAUCAUGUACUUUUGGACAGGUUUCCAUGCACCGUGUUGCAUUUACGUCCUGCCCUCCAUCCCCAUUUCCAGUCGUGUACGUUUUUGAUGCCGUCGGCCAUUUUGAAAAUUUAUUUUGUAUUAUUUUUCUGUGUUUGGCCGGGGGAAGGUUGUGUGCUUGUGUUUUGACAUAUUUAGAGAAAAAGUACGAAUGAGUAGAAAGAGAGGCUGUAAAGGGUUUGCAGUCCCCCCCCCCAGGCCCCACCGUCCGUCCAUCUGGGUGGGAGACCACACCCCUUGCUAUGAUACUUCCGGGUACGGUGGUUCAGGGGAAAAUUAGCUCAGUGUUAAUGGCUCUAGCCUGCAGUCAGGCCAAGUAACGGUAGAGAGUCUGUUUGCCCGGGGCCCUCAAUCAGGGCAGGGAGUCAAUCGAGAAGGGGAUCUGGCCUACAGUCAGGCAGGCAGAGCAGCAGGAGGUCCAUUUGCCUGGCCCUUGAUCAGGGUAGGGCAGCAGUCAAGUAGGGGGGCUCUGGCCUACAGUCCGGCAAAGCUGUCGCAGUCUAGGGGAGGUUAGCUCUCUGGUGGGAAUGUCAGGACAACCAUCUGGCAUCUGGAUUCAGGUGGGUGCCAGACCAAUUCAGGCCUCCUGACAACCAGGGGGGAGGCUGCCACUCCUGACGUUGAGGUGGUAGGGGCAGAGGAACUCAGGUCCUCC